CGGCGGGGCGGCCGAGGCUGCUGUGAGAGGGCGCUCGAGGCUGCCGAGAGCUAGCUAGCUAAGGAGGCGGGGAGGCGGUGUCUGCACUCGCUGGCCCGCUCGCUCGCUUCCCGGCGCCGCUGCGGGUCGGCGCUGCGUUUCCUGCUCGCGAACCACUCCGUUGCCCGCGCCUGGAGCAGCAGCCCCUCGGCCGGGUCCGGGCUCGGUUCGGGAGUCUUGCGUGCCGGCGGUCACCGCGCGGGGAGCGAGCUAGCGCCACACCUGUGGAGCCGGCGGCCGUCGGAGGAGCCGGUCGGGGUCCUGCCGCGUGCGUGCUCUGGGGAGCGGGCGGCCCGGGUCCCGGGGGAGGCGCGCCCCCGCGGCUGGGCGCCGCGGGCACCAUGGGGCUCCCAGCUCUCGAGUUCAGCGACUGCUGCCUCGAUAGCCCACACUUCCGAGAGACGCUCAAGUCGCACGAAGCAGAGCUGGACAAGACCAACAAAUUCAUCAAGGAGCUCAUCAAGGACGGGAAGUCACUCAUAACCGCGCUCAAGAAUUUGUCUUCAGCGAAGCGGAAGUUUGCAGAUUCCUUAAAUGAAUUUAAAUUUCAGUGCAUAGGAGAUGCAGAAACAGAUGAUGAGAUGUGUAUAGCAAGAUCUUUGCAGGAGUUUGCCACUGUCCUCAGGAAUCUUGAAGAUGAACGGAUACGGAUGAUUGAGAAUGCCAGCGAGGUGCUCAUCACUCCCUUGGAGAAGUUUCGAAAGGAACAGAUCGGGGCUGCCAAGGAAGCCAAAAAGAAGUAUGACAAAGAGACAGAAAAGUACUGUGGCAUCUUAGAAAAACACUUGAAUUUGUCUUCCAAAAAGAAAGAAUCUCAGCUUCAGGAGGCAGACAGCCAAGUGGACCUGGUCCGGCAGCAUUUCUAUGAAGUAUCCCUGGAAUAUGUCUUCAAGGUGCAGGAAGUCCAAGAGAGAAAGAUGUUUGAGUUUGUGGAGCCCCUGCUGGCCUUCCUGCAAGGACUCUUCACUUUCUAUCACCAUGGUUACGAACUGGCCAAGGAUUUCGGCGACUUCAAGACACAGUUAACCAUUAGCAUACAGAAUACAAGAAAUCGCUUUGAAGGCACUAGAUCAGAAGUGGAAUCACUGAUGAAAAAGAUGAAGGAGAAUCCCCUUGAGCACAAGACCAUCAGUCCCUACACCAUGGAGGGAUACCUCUACGUGCAGGAGAAACGUCACUUUGGAACUUCUUGGGUGAAGCACUACUGUACAUAUCAACGGGAUUCCAAACAAAUCACCAUGGUACCAUUUGACCAAAAGUCAGGAGGAAAAGGGGGAGAAGAUGAAUCAGUUACCCUCAAAUCCUGCACACGGCGGAAAACAGAUUCCAUUGAGAAGAGGUUUUGCUUUGAUGUGGAAGCAGUGGACAGGCCAGGGGUUAUCACCAUGCAAGCGUUGUCGGAAGAGGACCGGAGGCUCUGGAUGGAAGCCAUGGAUGGCCGGGAACCUGUCUACAACUCGAACAAAGACAGCCAGAGUGAAGGGACUGCGCAGUUGGACAGCAUUGGCUUCAGCAUAAUCAGGAAAUGCAUCCAUGCUGUGGAAACCAGAGGGAUCAACGAGCAAGGGCUGUAUCGAAUUGUGGGGGUCAACUCCAGAGUGCAGAAGUUGCUGAGUGUCCUGAUGGACCCCAAGACUGCUUCUGAGACAGAAACAGAUAUCUGUGCUGAAUGGGAGAUAAAGACCAUCACUAGUGCUCUGAAGACCUACCUAAGAAUGCUUCCAGGACCACUCAUGAUGUACCAGUUUCAAAGAAGUUUCAUCAAAGCAGCAAAACUGGAGAACCAGGAGUCUCGGGUCUCUGAAAUCCACAGCCUUGUUCAUCGGCUCCCAGAAAAAAAUCGGCAGAUGUUACAGCUGCUCAUGAACCACUUGGCGAAUGUUGCUAACAACCACAAGCAGAAUUUGAUGACGGUGGCAAACCUUGGCGUAGUGUUUGGACCCACUCUGCUGAGGCCUCAGGAAGAAACAGUAGCAGCCAUCAUGGACAUCAAAUUUCAGAACAUUGUCAUUGAGAUCCUAAUCGAAAACCAUGAAAAGAUAUUUAACACCGUGCCCGAUAUGCCUCUCACCAAUGCCCAGCUGCACCUGUCUCGGAAGAAGAGCAGUGACUCCAAGCCCCCGUCCUGCAGCGAGAGGCCCCUGACGCUCUUCCACACCGUUCAGUCAACAGAGAAACAGGAACAAAGGAACAGCAUCAUCAACUCCAGUUUGGAAUCUGUCUCAUCAAAUCCAAACAGCAUCCUUAAUUCCAGCAGCAGCUUACAGCCCAACAUGAACUCCAGUGACCCAGACCUGGCUGUGGUCAAACCCACCCGGCCCAACUCACUCCCCCCGAAUCCAAGCCCAACUUCACCCCUCUCGCCAUCUUGGCCCAUGUUCUCGGCGCCAUCCAGCCCUAUGCCCACCUCAUCCACGUCCAGCGACUCCUCCCCCGUCAGCACACCGUUCCGGAAGGCGAAAGCCUUGUAUGCCUGCAAAGCUGAACAUGACUCAGAACUUUCGUUCACAGCAGGCACGGUCUUCGAUAAUGUUCACCCAUCUCAGGAGCCUGGCUGGUUGGAGGGGACUCUGAAUGGAAAGACUGGCCUCAUCCCUGAGAAUUACGUGGAGUUCCUCUAACCGUGGGCCCCAGCAGAACUGCUGAGCUUUACAUGGUAUCCAUGACAACUGCUGAUUCCAGUGUCAUAGGCCAUUUCUCUUUGCCACUGAGAAAUGCAGCGUGACUGACUCUGUUGCUACCUGUCAACAUGAAUGUUUCUGUGAGCUCUGGUGUCACUCAUCUCCAUGAUCAUCUCAGCCAACACUCGUCAAUACUGCAAGAAAAGAAGUCAAUCAGCAGAGGAGACCAUUUGCUUUUGAUAACUAAGAGGAAGACUUGCAAAGCCGUUUUCUCAUGAGUACCCUAAAUAGGGGGCACUCAUUUUGUUUCAACAGUCUGAACGCCCAACCUUCAGAAAGAGGAAGUCAGAUAGAAGUAGUCCCCGAGAGCACACUGCGUAGCUAAGUCUGCUGGGGCUGGGUGAAGAAAUUGGCGCUGAGAUCCAGGCUGGAUCCAUUGCUUUUGUUUACAGUAGGCACUCUCUCUACCCCACCUCUCAGUACUUGAGACUUAAAGUGCUACAGGCAGCUGAGUCUGUUUGCAUGCAGGAUGAAGAGGGUUAAAGCACUGUUUAUAUAAGAUCCAAUCUCUCACCAUCUCUAAAGCAGCCGUUGGCCCAUCAUCAGUGAGAUAUAGUCCAGUCUUCUCAUGCACGGGAACACACACACCCUGCGUUUUUCCCUCCCCGGCUAGGAACCUCUCUGCCACCAAGGGCUGCCAUCCAUCGCCUAGUAACCACGGCAACCCAACCUACUCUAAAACCAAACCAAAAAAAAUAAAAUAAAAUAACACAUCCUCUUUGCAUGACACAUUUUUUCUCUCCCCUUUUUGGUAUACUUUUAUUGAAUGGUUUUCUAACAACUUGAAGCACAUGAUCAAGGAAUUAGGGUGGUCUACGUGAGGCAGACGGGAUAGUAGCUGAGAACUGUUCCCCUUCUGAUGAAUUUCAGCAGCAUCAGGAUAUAUUUGGAGCACACCUUAGUAAUCUCUUGAGAUUAAAUUACAUAGUCUUAAUAUUUCUGUUCCUCCAUGCAACUGAUGUUUGUUUUUUAAAGGGUAAGAUGCUGCCUCCCAAUGGGUGACACCAUCUGACUGGUUUCCCCAUGUCUUCCUGUUCACCCAUCCCUGCUCCCACCCUUGCCUGCCUCUAACCCACCACUGGCCAGCCCCCUUGCCCUGCUCUGGGCUGCUGAACACUGGUGCUGUGGUGGUUUUCAAGGUUAAUUCCUAGGCUUACUGUAUGGCCUAUUUUAAAAGGACAUCUAUAUUCACUGCCACUCCGAAAAAGGGAAUUAUUUCUCAGUCUUUUGAGGCAUGAGACUAAUAUAGGCCAUUGUGAUUCAGAAAGAAACCCAAGGUUGGAGGGUGGGAUGGGUACCCUCUGAAAAAGGGAAUUUGCUGGUGAAAAGAGGCUGGAUCUUGUGGAAGACUGCCUUGGAUGGGGAAGUUCUGCCUGGACAUUUCAAAUUCACUUGGCCUUCAAACAACAGAGUCAUCCAUAUCUUCCACAUGUGAAUGUCAUUGCAAGGGUGACUCUAGACAAACUACAAACCGAUGGACAGUCAGGCUCCCCAGGAGCCCCUUGGAUGGCAGCGUUGCUUCAGAGUGUUUCCUGUUUCUGGAAUUCCUUGUUAGGGAACUUCAAAGAAGAAAAGAAAAACUUGAAUUGUGUGGAAUUACUGUAUCUUUUACUUUUUUUUUGAAAAGAUAAACUUGUAAAUAGAAUGAUUUGAAAUACUAUA